AUGCCCGCCAGCAGCCCCAAGAGUCAGAGGUCGGCGCCUCGAUCGCCGACUAGUCAAAGGAGUGUUCCUAAUGCUACGCAAACAAUCGAAGUCGAUACUGUGCCUGAAGAAGACGAGGAUGACAUUGACCCAGGACUAGGAGCUGAUGCCGAAAGCUCCACGGCUUCUAUCACUUCCAGCAUCCUGCACUAUCGUACUAUCAAUGGCAGAACCUACCACAGCGAAAGGGGAAAUGCGGCUUACUGGGGUUCAAACGAUGAACGCCAGAGCGAGGCCAUGGACAUUGCGCACCACAUGUUUACGCUUGCGCAAGACGGCGAACUGCAUUUGGCUCCACUAGAGAAGGACAUUCAGAAGGCUCUGGAUAUUGGCUGCGGAACAGGAAUUUGGGCCAUUGACUUUGCCGACAAGUUCCCUGGUUGCGAGGUCAUCGGAACCGAUAUCUCGCCUAUUCAGCCUUCCUGGGUACCACCAAACUUGAAGUUCGAAAUUGAAGACUGCAACCAAGACUGGACGUUCGCUCCCGAGAGCUUCGACUACGUUCACCUGCGAUAUCUAGUUGGGUGCGUCCCUGACUGGAACCAACUGCUCGAACAAGCCUACAAGGCCCUCAAGCCUGGCGGCUGGGUCGAGACUUAUGAGGCCUCGCCUACUAUUGAAAGCGACGAUGACAGCGUGAAACUCGAUUCUGCUAUGGGCCAGUGGGGGCCUACUUUCAUCAAGGCGUCAAAGGUGAUUGGUAACACGUUUACCGUUGUUGCCGAUGACCUUCAGAGAAAGGGUGUCGAGAAUGCUGGUUUUACUGACAUCCAGCAAUGGAAUUCCAAGCUUCCCCUGAACCCUUUCCCCAAAGACCCUCAUCUAAAAGAGAUUGGUCAAUUUGGAGAGCUCUUUAGCACACAGGACACUGAAGGACUUGUUCUUUUUGUGGCCAACACUUUGGGUUGGAGCCAUGAAGAAGUGCACGUCUACAUCGCCAAGUUCCGAAAGGAGAUUCGGGACAGAAAGAACCAUCACCCAUGGAUCAAGUUGAAGACUGUCUGGGCAAGGAAGCCAAUGAGUGAUUAA